AUGGCUCCCCCGAACACCCUCCUCACGCUCUUCACGACGCUACUUACAGCAGCGCACGCCUUGAACGUCACCGUCCCCUCCGAAAUCAAAGCAGGCGUCGAGACAGAAAUCGAAAUCGGCUUCGACUACUGGAAACAGCCGUUCGUCUACGAGACCCUCCCCGGGCCAGUCUUUGACGACAUCGUGGCGGUAUGCCGCAAUCCCGUAGACGAGGAUGUUGGCUGCGGACACGACAUGCUGUAUGAGCACUACCAGUUAUUCUUGCACACCGAAGAAUGGAUGUACACCUGCUACCUGAGCGACUUCAUCCCAAUGGGCACAACCAACCCUAAAAUCACAAUCCCCAAAAACCUCGGCCCCUCCGAAGCCUAUAAAAUCACAGCCAUGGCCUUCAACGGCUCCAAAAUUCAAACAAACUACUACGGCGUCGAAUCCUCCCCGGAUUUCACCCUCACAAACACAGACAUCAAAGACUGGACCGCAUGGGAAUCCUACGGAGGCUGGCUGAAGCCGUGGCACUCCCUCCCCUGCUCCUCGUACGGCUGCUACCGCACCUGCGGCCUCGAAUUCGCAGACGAGCACGGCAACAAGAAGCAAGGCACGGGCGCGGGGCUCUUCAACUGCCUCAACGAGUGCCCUGGCAUUCUCGCGGACUGGAACGACCCCGACUCGCAGUGGUCGUGGUAUAAAGCCUUUGACGGGCACGAUUGGUCCGGCGAAUCGACGGCCGUGACGACGAGCACGCCGAGCGCGGUGCCUAGUACUACAGGAGACGACAUUAUAUGGCACGCCGACGGCGGCGACCGUGUACUCGUGGGAGAGUCUUUUGACGGCAAAGCCGACUUCGACGAGACAGGCUUCGGCGGGGAGGAGGAGGGCUAA